UAUAGAUAUGGGACACAGGACUACAGUCUUGAUGUUUUGGCUUUUUGCAUUGCUGAGAAUAAUUCACAAUACUUCCGAUUAUCUUAAGCAGAGACUUGAUUUCAAGUCAAAUGAAAAACUUCAACUGUUGAACCAUUCAUCGUCCCUUCGCAAUGUGCUUUUUAAUCAGAAUUCUGGAUAUCAAGUAGCAGAUGAUCCUAUCACACGUGUUGGUUUUCGGUUCGAGGUAUCGAGAGUAGAGAAAUUUGAUGAAGUUGCGGGAGAGUUAAAACUUCUGUCAUCUAUUUUCAUGUUUUGGGCUGAUAUUCGUCUGGCCUGGGAUCCUAGCAGCAUCUCUAUUUUCCAAGAAAAGGCUGGAUAUUCCUUCACUAUCACCUACUUACAGAUGAAAUUAAAGGAUAUAUGGAAACCAGACAUAAAAUUGUUCAAUCCUCUAAAUGAAAUGAACAUCUUCAAGGAAAAGGGAGAUGAAAAUGCUGUCUUCGGUUCCCCUGGUUUAGUUUACUAUGACAGCUUAUUGAAAACAAAUACAUUUUGUGAACCGAAUCUCAAAGCUUUUCCAUUCGACGAACAUGAAUGCUCUGUUCAAUUUGUAGCCACUUCCACGAUGAUCGCUAACAUACCAAACAAAGCAAAGGUCUUGUAUGAUAAUGCAAAAUGGAUAUAUUAUCAAAUGGCGCCAUGUGACCUUGAUCUUGCGCCAAGUGCCUACGGAUCAGAAGUGAACAAUGAGCGUCGAGUUCUUGUUUUUCCUAUUAAGUUAAUUCGAAAAUCCUCGUAUGUUUUUGUGAAUAUCGCGGUUCCACUUCUUGUUCUCAGUCUUUUAAAUACUGUUGUCUAUUUUAUCCCUGCCGUACCAGAAGAGAGGUUAUCUUUUUGUAUUGCCCUUCUGCUAUCUUUUACCGUGUAUCUCAUCUACGUUGCGGGUCUGAUUCCAGAAACUUCUAAUCCAAUCCCUCUUAUAAUCUAUUUUCUCAUCUUUCAGUUCUUGUUAAGCGCGUUUAUCACAUGUACCAGUUUUUUGACAGCUACGCUUGGACAGCGACAAGAAGAACGACCAAUUUCGAACGUCGUCACACGACUUUUGAAUAUAUGUCGCCGAAGAAAGCCCUCGAUCGAAGAUGACGUCACUAACUGUGGUUUUUCUUUUGAUAGAAGUUAUUCUGCUUGUUUACCUUGCCUCUCGAUUAUCUGCCAAUGUGGAACUCAAUCUCACGUCAGAUAUCUGCCGUGCAAAUCCAUUGAAUUUAACUGA